GCAACACUUUCUUGAGCUACAUACCAGGUAGCUAUCGGUAGCUCCCUACCGAAGCAUCGAUGGACGUUGGCGUAGGGACAGGCAUGGCCUCCGUUUGGUACGGCACUUGCAUGUGCACAAGUGUGAGAGGUCGGGCUCAACCCUACCCUACGACCUGCGACGCCACGUUAUCCAUCUGGCUCAAGUAGACGCUUCAACUGCCGGUGAUCUUGACUUGAGCCAUAGCAGUGGACAUGAGAUCGUCGACGUCACUACGAUCCCGACCCGGUGAUGGUCACGUCGUGACGGUCCGUCGAGCCUGUGCCGAUCACUUGGAUGCGCCCAGAGCCAGCCAUAGUCGCGGCAUUCCAUUGGCUGAGUGUGUUGAUUUCGAUCUACCCAGCUCCCGCGACCUGGUUAAGCAAGUGGGGGGUACUUAGGGCAUUCGGGGCAACGGUCACACCGCCUGACGCACUCAUGUUCACAUUGACGUUGUCGAGGACAUUCAAAUCGACGCCACCGCGAUGUACGUGUGCCCCGACCCACAGCCUUUGGCACCCAAGUGGCUGGCGGUUGCAGUGGUGCCCACAACGAGCGCGACGCCUCCCGAGCCCACGACUUCAGUUUAGAUCGACCCUGCCACCGCCACAUCCGAACAAUCCAGUUGAACGCGGCCAGAGCCGGUUUGGUAUAGUGACAGGUUGGCGACUUCGACGGGUCCGUCUUGGACCAGCAGCGCCCCCGAGCCUCGGGAUUGCAGGCACAGUUUUCACAGCUCCUCUUCGCUUGAGCACGCCAGGAUACACUGCCGCCACGCCGGGCGAAGCCAACACGACCGACGUAAUGGACUGAGCUGGGGGCAUGCACUUCGACAUAGUAACGACCGCCGACAUGCGAGGCCUUCCACUUAGGACGUCGGCGCUUUCGUUGACUAGAAACGCACUAGCCAGCCCAAUGCAGCACUAUGGUGGGGACUUUGGCAGUCUUGGCUUGGGCAAACUCGUAAAUGGCGCUUGUUCGGAGCUGCAGGGCGGCGGACACGACAGCCGUUGCUUCGAACGUCCAUUCCAACCAAGGUGCUGACGAGCGUAUGGCAAUUUCAAAACUGAGGCCAUUUCAAGUGUCUGGCUGCAUUAUUGGGCGGGGGUAAAAUGACUUAGAGCAAUCAAAAAUAAUACUAACAUUACGUAGUACUAGUACGUUUAACUGUAACAAUACCUUUUCUCCCUGA